AUGGCAACUAGCAAUGGCGAAGAUGCUCGUGGGCUUCGAGAAUGGGUCACUGUUGUUCUCGGUUGCUCCGUAACAUUCCUCUUCUCAUAUUUUUUCUAUGGCUGGGCUGCGAUGCAAGCUAUCUUUGAAGCGGAUGGUGUAUACAAGGAGGUAUGCCCCGACGAGGAGCCCUUGUGCUCAGACCGCGGGAGUCGAAUGAUCUUCCUCUUCAGCGUGGAAAAUACAGUGAUCUGUUUUGCAGGUACUGUCUUGGGAAUUGCUAUCGAUCACUACGGUCCGGUGGCACUUUGCGUACUGGGGGGCAUGCUGCAAGGCGCAGGGCUGUUGCUGAUGGGCGUUGGGAAUGGUGAUCCCAGCACAACUGCAGAUACACUCUUUUUUGCGUUUGUCAUGAGCGGCAUUGGUGGGACAGCAUUGGUGCUGCAGUCAUUGAAGCUUGCUUUCAUUGUUGCACCUCGCCACUUUGCUCUUGUGAUGGCCACCGCCAAUCUCCGUAGCUAUGCUGUGUUGUGCUUCCUCUUGAGCAUGUGUUUGGCCGCAAGCUGGCACGGAGCGCCUAGUGCCAGACUCAGUGCUGCCAAUCGCAAGGAGUCUGCAGCGGCUACCAGCGAAGCAGACGGUCUGUGUCCAAGACUGCACGGCCUAACAGUGAGACAGCAACUGCCAACAAUCGAGUUUGCCUUUGCCGUCACGUUCAUGGUGACACAGGUCUUUCGAAGCAGUGCAUAUCUCGGUGUAAUCAAAUAUCUCCUUCAAGGUCUGGGUGAUGAUGAGAAUGUGUACAUGCAGAUUUUGACCAUCUCACUUCCAGCAUCACCUCUUUUGGUUUAUCUCUUUGACAUGAGCUUAAAGAAAGGUGGCUUUGCAUUCACAUUUUUCGCAGUGCUGCUUCUUGGCUUGACUUGGAAUAUUACAAUGCUGCUUCCAAGCCUUCCUUUGCAAGCGCUUGGUUUUGCAGCUUUCACCAAUUUCCGUGGCCUCCUCUUCGCGUCAUUCUUCACCUUUGUUGGACAUAGCUUCGGAAACCGGACAUUUGGCCGGAUCAAUGCUUUGCUUUGGUUCUGUACCGGGAUCCUAUCUCUACUUGUCCAUCCUUGUGUGGAGAUUUCCAAGCAAUGGACUCGAGACCUUGUGGCGAUGAACAUUUUCAUGCUGGCAUUGUGCUUUCCUGCCCUGUUGAUGACCGUGGCGCUUUCAUUUCAUCUUUGCCGAAAUCCUGGUGGAGACAUCAACGUGUUGAGCUCCAAGCCAGCUGAAGCAGCUGAAAACACUGCUGCGGCUUGA